AUGCGUACGCAAAGAGAUGAUGCUUUGUACGCCCUGAUCAGCAGCUUUGCCUCCUUGCUGUCUGCUCCUCAUCGCCAUACUUCUCGUCUUGGAGGUUGGAGCCUUCCUGUUGUUGCGUUGGACGGGAUGGCGGAUUCGGUGGCCAUCCGAGGUGCCCAGUGGGUGGUGAGCAAGGCGCUGAGCCCACUGUCCGACGGCCUUGUGGAGGCGUGGGCAGCCAGCUCGGCGCUCGGCCCCAACAUCGAAGCCGCCAAGAUGGAGCUGCUCUAUGCGCAGGCUAUGCUCAACAACGCGCGUGGCAGGGAGAUCCACAACCCCGCGCUCACAGAGCUGCUGCAGAAGCUGCGAGGCCUGGCGUACGACGCCGACGAUGUGCUGGACGAGCUGGACUAUUUCCGCAUCCAGGACGAGCUCGAAGGGACCUUCGAGACCGUCGACCAUGGCUGCUUCCACGACCUCGUCCGCGAUGCGCACCACACAACCAAGGCUGCUGCCAAGCAGCUUGAGUGCACCUCCUGCUGCUUCUCUGCUUCCUCCAAGCCAAAACAUGAGGAGUCCUGCAGGUGCAUGCGGCAGCUUACCAACCGUGCUCGCCGCACUGUCUGCUCUAUCGGUAAACGACUCCUCUGCUCUUCUGUUCUACCAGAUGAUGAUGAUGGUAGCCAACCAUGGAAGAAGGGCCCUAAAACACCAAAGUUGGAUUUUGAUAGGGUGAAUGCCUCUAGAAGAAUGAAGCACAUAGCAGAGCAAUUACAACUCAUAUGUGCUAAAGUCUCUACCAUUCUUGAUCUAGAGUUAUUAGGCUCUGCCAUUGCCAAGUUGGAGUUCAUAGGCUCCAGGAGUGGCACUGGCGGUGAUACUACUACAAGCAGGUCCACAACCACCUCAAAAAGUAUAGAGCCUAAAUUGUAUGGGAGGGACCCUGAGAAGAACACAAUUGUAGAAAAUAUUACCAAGGGUGUGCACUACCAUCAAGAUCUAUCCGUUCUUCCUAUAGUUGGUCCCGGGGGCAUAGGAAAGACAACUCUUACACAGUACAUCUACAAUAGCAAAGAAGUGCAAGAUCAUUUCCAAAUUAGAGUUUGGGCAUGUGUAUCCCUUGACUUCAACGUGUAUAGGUUGUCAAAAGAGAUUUUAAAUUCUAUCCCUAAAGUUGAAGAUGAAAAAGGUGAUAGUCAGAUACAGAGUUUGGACCAACUUCAGAAGUUUAUUGAGAAGAGAUUAAAACAAAAAAGGGUUUUAGUUGUUUUGGAUGAUAUAUGGAAGUGCAGUGAUGAAGAGUGGAAAAGGCUGUUAAUUCCAUUUACAAAUUGUCAAGUAAAUGGUAACAUAAUUCUAGUCACAACUCGAUUCUUUGAUGUGGCAGAAAAGGUUAAAACCAAGAAUUGUAAAGUGACACAACUUGAUGGAUUGAAUCCUACAGAAUUCUGGAGUUUCUUUAUGGCAUGUGUGUUUGGGCAUGGUGAAUCCAAUCAAAUGCCAAAAGAAAGUGAAUUGAAUUCAAUUGGACACCAGAUAGUGAAAAAACUGAAAGGUUCUCCUCUAGCAGCCAAAACCGUAGGCAGAUUACUGAGAAAUAAUCCUACUCCAGACUAUUGGACAAGGGUUCUUCAAAGUAAAGAAUGGGAUUUACAAACUAGUGAUUAUGAUAUUAUGCCUGCUUUGAAGCUUAGCUAUGACUACCUCCCUUUUCAUCUCCAGCAGUGCUUCUCCUAUUGUGCCUUGUUUCCUGAGGACUACAAGUUUAGCAAUGAGGAGCUAAUUCGCUUCUGGAUAGGACUAGACAUUCUACAUCCAGAUCACCCGAGCAAAAGAAUCGAAGAUAUAGGGCACAACUACUUAAAUCAGUUGGUCAAUUAUGAGUUUUUCAAAAAAGAAAUAGAUGAGGAGCACACAUACUAUGCUAUGCAUGAUCUGCUACAUGCUUUAGCACUAAAGGUUUCCUCACAGGAAUGUCUACAUAUAGAUUCUUCUAGUGGAACACCUAUAGAAAUACCUCCAUCUGUAUAUCACUUGUCCAUUAUCUUGAGUCUCAAAAAUUGUGAGGAAGGAACUAUCGAAGGAAGUUUCAAGAAAAAACUAGCUGAAAUGGGAAGUAGAUUGAAAACUGAAAACCUCCACACCUUAAUGAUUUUUGGACAAUAUGAUGAAAGCUUUAUUACUAUUUUCAGUGAUAUGUUCAAAGAUGCAAAAUCUCUGCGUGUUGUCCAUUUGUCAACAAUGUUACACCCUGUGGAGUCUAUACUUUACAGCUUCCCAAAACUUGUGCACCUUCGUUACAUAAAGCUUGAGUCAAAUUACAUGAAUGGAUCACAUUUACCGCAGAGCCUCUCAAGAUUUUAUCAUUUAAGGGUCUUGGACAUAGAACAAUGGCAUGGUGCUUGUAGUCUACCUAGGGAUAUGACUAAUCUUUCAAAGUUGCGUCAUUUCCUUGUCCCAUAUGAUGAUGUCCACUCCAAUAUUUCUAAUGUGGGAAAAUUCCGUUGCUUACAACAGUUAAGGUUGUUCAAGGUAAAAAGCCAAAGUGAUGGUUUUAAAUUAAGAGAGUUGGGGGAACUGGCAGAGCUUGGAGGAUCACUAAGCAUAUGCAAUCUUGAGGAUGUACAAGUAAACAUAGCACAUGAAGCAAAGCUAUCAUACAAAAAACACUUACAAAAACUAUCACUGAAUUGGAUGGAUAACAAUAGGAAUACUGACAGAGAAAAUCAAGUACUUGAGAUCCUUCGGCCACAUAGCAAUCUGAGUGGGUUGCAGAUUAAAAAUGGAGGCUCAACUUGCCCAACCUGGCUUGGUACAAGCCUCUCAAUCAAAGGUUUGAAGGCCCUCCGUCUAGAUGGAGUACACUGGAAAAUGCUUCCGCCUCUAGGAGAGUUGUGGCUUAUGGAUGGGUCCGGUCAUGAGUAUUUUGGUUGUACUAAAGUCCAAAACUUUCGGAACUUGAAAAAACUAAAACUAAUUGGGCUACCAAAUUUUAGAAGAUGGGUAGCAAAAGAAGUUUGCCCUAUGUUCUUCUUGGUCGAGGAUACACAAGUGAUCGAAUCUGAAUCUAAUCAGCAGCAGCAAGUAGCAGAGGAAGGUGGAGCUGUACCAUCCAUGGAUCAUCAGCCGCAAGUAGCAGAGGAUCGAGAAGAUGAAGAUGGGAUGCUGCUCCUCCCAUCCCAUCUCUGCAACUCUCUACGGGAACUGAGUCUCGAACGUUGCACGGAGCUUCUCCUAGAUGUUGCUCGUUCUGCUCUUCCCACCAGCCACAGUGAAGAAGCAGGAGGAUGGGGGCUCCAACCCCUGCGCUCCCUCCAGAGACUGGAAAUCUCUGGCUGCCCAAAGUUGUUUUCCGCCUACGAGGCCCUAGCCUGCCUUUUCCCGUCCUCCCUGCAAUACCUCCAAAUUCUAGGCCGUGUGGAGGGCGUGCAGACCCUGGAUUUCUCAAACCUCAACUUUCUCACUCGAUUAAUCAUAUCAGGUUGUGGGGAGGAUUUGAGAUGUGAGGGCGUGUGGCCUCUCCUUACCCAGGGCCAACUUAGUAAAUUAAAUGUUAAUGGAACCCCCAGAUUCUUUGCUGGUUUGGAUUCCAUACUCAAGGGGCUGCAGGACGAACAAGAGCAGCAGCAGCCUCUUCUUCAGCGUUCCUCCAAACUGCAGGAGCUUGUGACGAAGGACUUCACGGGUGUCCUUGUGAAGCCCAUCUGCAGACUCCUCUCUUCCUCCCUCACCAGCCUAUACCUCCAUUCGAACAACGAGGUGGAGCACUUCACAAAGGAGCAAGAGGAGGCCCUUCAGCUCCUCACCUCCCUCCAGCACCUCGUAUUUUGGUGCUGCGAGAAGCUGCAGCGCCUCCCUGCGGGACUACGUAGACUUGAGAGCCUCAAGACAUUACAGAUUGAGCGCUGUCCAUCCAUCCGGUCGCUACCCACGGGCGGCCUCCCCGGUUCACUGCAAGAACUAGAUGUCAGAGACUGCGGCAACGAGAAACUUAAACAGCGGUGCAAGAAGCUAAUAGGAACCACCUCAAAUAUCAAACUACAAUGGUAA